AUGCCGGCCACCGACUGCCUUCAGCCACCCCUCACCCCCGCCGAGCGGGCCAUCGUCAAAUCCUACGGUGGCUGGACGUAUUUCCUGAGGAGCUUCGGACUCAAGCCUUGGAAUACGGAAGAGGCCGAGGAGGGAAAGCAAAUCCUUGAGGCCUUUGCUCGUGCAGAUGAUGAGGAGAGCGCUUAG